CUGGCUGGCCAGGUAAAAGCUCGGGCCGCUAACAAUCGAUGAGCGGUGGGCCCUCGGUCGUCCAUUGUAGUCGUGUGUGGAAUGGCGUCUGACAAGAGCGAGCUGCGACAGAGGCUGCUGACAGAACCUGGCGAUGAAGACCAGCGCCAGAAGGGUGAGCAGGUGACAGGGCCACCCUACACAGGCAAAGUGUUUUUGGCCCGCAAGAAGAAACCCGACCCAUGGUACAUACGAGUGCUGGAGGCAGUUGUCAUUGUGGGGGCUGUGGCAGCAGCACUGUACUGCUACUACUACUUUGAACAUGUUCAUUUUCAUGUCACUCAUGGUUAUGCCCACCUGGGAUACUCAGAGGCCCAGCAUCAGGUGGGACAGCGUUACCUGCAUGGUGUUGGUGUAGAGAAACAUGCAGACAAGGCCAUGGAGUGGUUCAGGAAAGCUGCUGACCAGGGACAUCCACAUGCUGCUUAUAAUUUGGCUAUUGGUCACUUGAAAGGCUACCAGACUGACCUUAAGCCAGGAGAGUCACACUGCCUGAUCCACCAUGCCGCCUCUAAGGGAGUGAAAGAAGCACACCAUGUUCUCAACAAUGUUUGCACGCUUGGACACUGUGUCUAAAGAAAUGCACCAUGUUCUCAAUAAUACUUGCAUACUUACAUAUUGUGUGUAAAAUAUAUAUAUAUAU